AUGGUUACCUUAACCCCUUAUUAUGCACAUGCUAAUGGGCAAGUAGAGGCAGCCAAUAAAAUCCUGAUAAGUUUGAUCAAGAAGCAUAUUGGAAAUAGACCUCGAACGUGGCAUGAAACUUUAAGCCAAGUAUUAUGGGCUUAUCGAAAUUCACCAAGGGGGUCAACAGAUACUUCGCCCUUUAAAUUGGUUUAUGGCCAUGAUGCGGUGCUACCACUAGAGAUUAAUUUGAAUACUUUGAGAGUGUCGAAACUGAAUGAUUUGCCAGUCCAUGAUUAUCGGAAUGCAAUGUUUGAUGAGUUGAAUGAAUUAGAUUCAGAGCAAAUUCUGGCACUUGAAAAUAUGGUUCGACAAAAAGAAAGUGUUGCUCGAAGUUAUAAUCGUCGAAUAAGAGAAAAGUAUUUCAGUAUAGGUGAGUUGGUUUAA